UUUUUUUCUUUUUUUCCUCCUUGUUUUUUUGUUGUUUUUUUUUUUUUUUUUCUUCCCAGCUCGGCCCGGAUUGUUCAUGUGUUUACUUCCCCCAGCCCGAGGAUUUGCUAUUUAGGUUCCUGUUGAAAUGCAACUGAGCAGCCAAAGUACUUUGCGAACACGGUGCGGCAUAAACACCAAAACUUUUUUCUAGAAGGAAAAUACAAUAAGAAAGCGGUUUUGCCUGUCUUUUGAUGCCGGGGAGUCCGAGUGAGUGUGCCGUGUGUGCCCGGCGUGUGCCUGUGCUUGGAUGUGCGUGUGCGAACGUGCGUGUGAACGGGUGUGUAUGUGUGUGCAUGUGGAGGGGAGCGUGUGUUUCUCUUUAUACAUGGGGAGAGACGGCUUUUGGCAGAACCUCCGGAAAUCUCAUGGAAUCUAUUUUGAAAUAAUGGAUUAUAAAAAAGAAAAAGGAGGAAAGGAACUGGUCUGAUAUCUCCUGGAGUUUGCUUACCCGAAUUGCUGCUGCUUAGUUUGUUGUCCUUUUUUGUGUGUGUGUGUGUGUGUGUUUGUUGGUUGUGUUGCCGGUGAUAACCUUUUAGCACCUUCGCUCUUUAUUUCCCUUCCCCCCCUCCCUCUCUCUUUUUAAUGUUUUGGAGCUUCUCGAGAGGGAUUGGCUGGGGGGAAAGAGAAACAUUUGCUUGGGAUCGCUGUUUCCCUGAUACAUGGUGGUGCCCCCUCCCUCCCCACCCCCCCUCUCCCGGUUCUCUAAAAAGUAUCCCAUCAGGACCCCGUAGGAGACUGUGUGUGUGUGAAGGGUAGGAUAAAAAAGUUCUUCCAAAAUAGUGUGCACGGGGAAGAGGAUGGGGGAUUUCGCUGCCCCCGCUGCCGCCGCGAAUGGCAGCAGUCUCUGCAUCAACAAUAACCUGAACAGCAGCCUCAGCGGGGCUGGCGGUGCCGGUAUCGGGGUUAACAGCACUCCCCACGGUCCUCCUCCUCCUCCUGCCGCGGCUCCCGGUAACAAUAACGCCAACAGCGGCGGCAUUCCCAAGCACAGCACGGUGGUGGAGCGGCUGAGGCAGCGCAUCGAGGGCUGCCGGCGGCACCAUGUCAACUGCGAGAGCAGGUACCAGCAAGCCCAGGCGGAGCAGCUGGAGCUGGAGCGCAGGGACACGGUGAGCCUGUACCAGCGGACCCUGGAGCAGAGGGCCAAGAAAACGGGCACCGGCAGCAAGCAGCAGCAGCAUCAGAGCAAACAGCAGCAAGAUGCCGAGCCUGCCGCGGCGGAGCAGAGGAACCACACUCUGAUCAUGCUUCAAGAGACAGUCAAGAGGAAGUUGGAAGGUGCACGUUCACCUCUCAAUGGCGAACAGCAGAAUGGAGUUUGUGAUGGGAGCUUUUCUCCAACCAGCAAGCGGAUACGGAAGGAUGUUCCAGGCAUCGAGGCAAUCAACAACUUGCCAAAUAAUUUGCCUUUGCCAGCUGUGUCUCCUCUUCACCAGCUUGAUAUGAAAGCUUCCCUGCCUCUGCAGAACAGUGGAACUCAUGGCAGUGCUCUAGAAGACUUGGGUAAGAAUGGUGGGCUCUCUGAGAUUAAGCUCCCUGUUAAUGGUUGCAAUGAGCUAGAUGAUGGCUUUAACAUCCUGCAGAACAAGGAGCUGAAGCAAGAGCCUUUGGACGACCCCAGCUGCAUAGACACUUCUGAAACAUCUCUUUCAAAUCAGAACAAGCUCUUCUCAGACAUUAACCUGAACGACCAAGAGUGGCAGGAGCUAAUAGAUGAGCUAGCAAACACUGUUCCAGAAGAUGACAUACAGGAUUUGUUCAACGAAGACUUUGAAGAGAAGAAAGAGCCAGAAUUUCCUAGGCCUGCCACGGAGGCUCAGGAGAGCGCGAGCGUGAAGAGCGAUCCCUCUCAUUCUCCAUUUGCUCACGUGCCCUUGGGGUCUCCCCAGGUGAGGCCUUCUUCUUCUGGUCCUCCAUUUUCAAACAUCUCCACAGCCUCCAGCAUAGCUUCCGUCUCCAGUGCCCCACCAGCCCCAGUCCCUGCCGGGUCACCAGGGAACUGCGUUGUUCAGUCCCCUCAAACCCCCAGCCAGGCCCAGACUCCGGCGCGGUCUGGAAAUGGUUAUCUCAUGAACCCAACGGCGGGGAGCGCGGCGGGGUCGGGACCCGGGCCUGUGAACAUGCCGAGUGCUGAUUUGUCUCCAGCUGAGCAGCUCAAGCAAAUGGCUGCCCAGCAGCAGCAAAGAGCCAAGCUCAUGCAGCAGAAGCAGCAGCAACAUCCAAAUCAAGCCUCAAGCUGGUCGCCUGUGGGCCCUCCCUCCAGUCCGUACGGAGGACCCUUCGGUGCAGAGAAACCAAAUAGCCCCAUGAUGUAUCCCCAAGCCUUUAACAACCAAAACCCGAUAGUGCCUCCGAUGGCAAACAACCCACAGAAGACCACAAUGAAUAACUACCUCCCUCAAAACCACAUGAACAUGAUCGGUCAGCAGCCAAAUAACCUGGGCACGAACUCCUUAAGCAAACAGCCCAAUAUGCUUUCCUACGGCAACACCAAACCUCUGAGCCACUUCAGUGCCGAGCUGAGCCAGAGGAUGACCCCCCCGAUGGCAAAUCCCAGCAAGAACCCCAUGAUGCCAUACAUCCAGCAGCAGCAGCAGUCCCAGCAGCCACAGAUGCAAGCUCAGAUGGCACACCUGAGCGAGGAGCAGAAACGCAUCCUCAUCAUGAAGCAGAAAGGGAUGAUCAGUCAGCCCAUGGCAUACACAACGCUUCCUUCCCUUGCUCAGGAGCAGCACCAAGUGGGAUUGUCCCGGAGCACAGGACCAAUGCAGCCCUCUGUCCCGGGGGGUUCCAGCAGCGUGGUCACAGGCACAAACUCUGGGGGUCCCUUCCUGGGCAGCCAACCUCAAGCUGCCAUCAUGAAGCAGAUGCUGAUUGAGCAAAGAGCCCAGCUCCAAGUGAUAGAGCAGCAGAAACAGCAGUUCCUACGAGAGCAAAGGCAGCAGCAGCAGCAGCAACAGAUCCUAGCAGAGCAGUUGCAGCAGCAGUCACAUUUGCCUCGGCAGCACCUGCAGCAGCAGCGGAGCCCCUAUCCGGUGCAACAGGUCAACCAGUUCCAGGGUUCUCCCCAGGAUAUAGCAGCUGUGAGAAACCAGGCAGCACUCCAGAGCAUGAGGACAUCCCGGAUGCUGGCCCAGAACGCAAGCAUGAUGGCCAUGGCUCCUUCCCAGAACCCAAGCACCCUGCCCACAACUGCAGGACAGUCAGACAUUCCCAUGGCUCCUCCUUACAGCAACUCCUCUUCCAGCCAGCCAGGAAUGUACACUAUGAGCACAGGGAUGAGCCAAGUCUUGCAACACCCAAACCAAAGUGGCAUGAACAUGGCACACAGCACAGGCCAGGGGACAAGGCAGCCUGCCUCUGGGCAAGCUGUGGGGAUGGUUGGGAGUUUUGGUCAGAACAUGCUGGUGAAUUCUGCUCUUCCCCAGCAUCAGCAGCAGAUGAAAGGACCUGUGGGCCAGGUCCUAUCUAGGCCACCAGCACCACGGCUUCAAAACCUGAUGGGGACUGUCCCUCAAGGAACACAGAACUGGCAGCAGCGAGGCUUGCAAGGUGUCCCUGGAAGGACUAACAGUGAAAUGGGGCCCUUCAACAAUGGCACAACCUACCCCAUGCAGGCUGGGCAGCCACGGCUGUCCAAGCAACACUUCCCACAGGUGCUUAAUCAGACUGUUGUGGACACGAGUGGAACAGUAAGAACCCUGAACCCAGCAAUGGGAAGGCAGUUGCUGCAACCACUACCUGGGCAACAAGGAGCCAGCCAGGCCAGGCCGAUGGUAAUGCCUGCAAUAAGCCAAGGGGUCCCCACCAUCUCUGGCUUUAGUCAGCCCCCAACGCAGCAGAUGCCAGGUGGAAACUUUGCUCAGAGCAGCCAAGGCCAGGCCUAUGAGAGGAAUCCCACUCAGGACAUUUCUUACAACUAUGGUAAUGAAGGAGCAGGGGGCUCAUUCCCCAGCUUAGCAGAGGGCGCAGACCUUGUGGACUCCAUCAUGAAGAGUGGACCAGGGGAUGAGUGGAUACAAGAACUUGAUGAGUUGUUUGGAAACCCCCAGUGAAUGGGCUUGUAUAGAGCUUUGGGUGUUGAGUUUGAAAAAAGAAAAGAGAGAGCUGGAUGUUCUCCCCAUCCUUGGAUUGUUGGUGUUUUGUUUUGUUGGUUUUUUUUUAAAUUGGUUUGGGGUUGUUUUGUUUUCUUUUUGGUUUUACUCGUGCAAACUGAGCUGAUCUGUAGCCAACUUUGGAAGAUUCAGGGGACUAUGGAAACAUUGUCCUCCCAACACUUCCACCAAGCAAUCUCUGUUGUGUUGCAGCACCUGCUGUGUGUGUGUGACAGGAUGGGGAAACUGGAAGAGCCAGCUGAUGCCUCUGGUUGGGAAAAUUUGGUCUUUCCCCACUGAAGCAAAGCUUCAUUGCACAGCAGUGUGGGGUGGUCCUGUUAUUUCCCACCUCAUGCAACUGCAAACUCUGCAGCAGCUUUCAGGGGAGCAGAUGAAAACAGCCAGAAUCAAAGCUUAAAGAUGUCUGUGGGUGAUUGCACAGGCCCUGAUCAGAAUUAGGCUCUUAACCCCAGGGUUAAGAAGAUCUUGGUGAGCUGUGAGCUCUGGGCUCUCACAGGGGAAUGUGCAGCACAGGUGUGAAAAGAACUAAGCAGUCAGAGGGAGGUCACCAUUUUCACUGCAGAGUGAUAAAAAUCCAAUAAAAGUGUAGGAGACUAUAAAUUUGGCAGUGUGGUGAGGACAGUUUGAUGAUGGGAGUGCUGCUGGAGGCAGCUUAGGUGGGUGUGUUAACUUCAUGAGCUAUUUGGUCCCCUUGAGACUUGCAAUAGCUCUUCCCUGUCAGAACACUCUGGUGCCUCUCUGCUGCUGGGGGUGCAGAGCCACAGCCACGAAUGGUUUUAAAGGGCUAAGAGGUGCCAGGAGACAACAGUGUCAGUUCUAAGCAGGUGUUUUUCCCCUUCCUCCUCAGUAUGUUAUCAAAAAGUUUUCUUAAAGAAGUUCACUCCCAUGCCCUCCUGCUCUUCAGCAAGGUGAACUGGCUGCACUUUUUUCAGGUGAGCAACAACCCCCACGAAGGGGCAGGCAGACAGGGGAGGAGAAAUGAGGCUGGAGAAUGUGUGCAGGGAGGGUUUGGCACACAGAAAGAGUUUCUCUUUUGAAAAGUGUAAGGUUGGCAGGUGGUGUUACUCUGAGGUGUCUGGGCUCUCGACAUGAUGUUAUAUGCAAUCUGAUCUUCAUUUUUAAACAGAUUUUUAGUCUAAUCUCUCUGGUUUGCUGGAAUAAAAGUCACUGCAGUAUUUGAAGAACAGGAACCAAUGAAGGACUACUGUAAAGAUCA